UUUACUCAGGACCAGUCGGACAACUCCCUCCUAACUACCUCGACUAGCUUUACCGAUCUGGUAUCAGACGCCAACACUUCCAUCGCGUCUAACGACAGCCCCCCGCCGUCAACGUCAGCUUCCACUCCUGAAAAUUCUCUGAGCGCCAAUUCCUCUGCAUCUGGCAAUUACAUGGUUCGUGUUGGCCUCGCUCACGGUGGCCAAUUGCUCGCGGAAUAUCAGAACACCCGAGAUGCAGCAACCAUUGGGAGCGGUGGAGCUACUCUAACGUGGAACCAGUCCCUCAACUUCCGUCUCAUUUACUCCAAUCUUCCCGUAGCCACGAGGGUUUGCGUUGUUCUCCUCCAAGUGAAACGUCGUCCCGGCAGAAUAAUGGAGUUUCCUGUUGGUUGGGCGAAUAUGAACCUGUUUGAUCAUAACGGAUACCUCGCAACAGGCAGACACUCCCUUCCGUUGUGGCGCAGCAACUUCACCUCGCCAGAAACCGUGACAACCCACCAGCUCAACCUCACUGGCUCUGUGGCUGAAAACCCCGAUCCGGAAUUCACUCUUGUGGCAAGUUCGCUGUCGAUCGACUUCUGCCAUCCUAGUAAUCAACAAAAUCGUGUUCGUUUCCCCCUCUCGCGUUUCGUCCCUACUAUCCGUGGCAAUGCGGUGAACACGACCACAUCUUCCUCAAUUGACUCGUCAGACAGCGAUCUGCGCGUUAUCCGCGACCUGCUUCAACGCGAUCCGUUUUACGAACUAUCUGAGCAAGACAAGAGUUCGCUGUGGCGUGCCAGAGACUCUUGUUGCCUCCGUCUUUACCCCUCAGCGUCACUGCCAUGGCUGGUGCAGGCCGUGGCCUGGGAGAGGCGGGAGCUGGUGGAAGAAUUUUAUCGUCUGUUGGCUAGGUGGCCGCGGCCCCUACCCGUCGAGACUUGUCUCCAACUAUUGGGCGUCGCAAGUUUAUCCAAUGCAUCCUCUGUUGGGGCUUACGGGGAGCCUAGUGGGAGUCAACCGGUCGACGGAGGACGCACGACCGGAGUACCAGACCCCCUUGUCCGUGACAUCGCUGUUCAGGGUCUACAGGCCGGCUUGUCCAAUGUUGAUCUUGCGGACUACCUUCUACAACUUGUGCAGGUAGUACGAACGGAGGCCUUUCUGGUGAACCCACUAACGUGCUUUCUCUUGCAACGGGCACUGGACUGUCCUACUCUCAUUGGUGUGCGUCUCUGUUGGCACCUGCGGGCGCAAAUCCACAACCCUGACGCGCGCCUACGCUUUGCCCUAAUUUUGGACGCUCUUUGCCGGGGCUGCGGACCUCAGCUUCUGUCCUUCAUCUACGAACAGACUACGGCUCUGCAUCGUUUAACUGAUCUCGCAGUUUCAGUCAAAUGCUUCGCAGAAGACGAAGAGCAGCGAUCUUGGUUCAAAUCAGAGCUCGUUCGCAGCGAAGUGAGACAGGACCUAGAAAACAUCCUCUCUCCUCUCCGCUUCUCUAUCAAGCUUGGCGCCAUCUUAGAGCAGCAGUGCACAGUGAAGCGGUCGAAAAAACGUCCUCUGUGGAUUGUGUGGGCCAAUCCCGACAAUCUCGGUCUCCGGCAUCACAAAAUCCACCAGCUCAUUUUUAAGCACGGAGAUGACCUUCGACAGGACAUGCUCACACUCCAACUACUUAAGGUGAUGGACCGAAUCUGGAAAGAUGAGGGUCUCAACUUGGACCUGACUACGUACGGCUGUCUCGCCACGGGUGACGAGAUGGGCCUGAUUGAAGUAGUUCGCAAUUCCCAGACCAUCAUGUCGAUCCAGGGUCAAAGAGUGCGAUCCGCCAUGCAAAUUGACUCCUCGCAACUGCAUAAGUGGUUUCUCCAAAAAAAGGCCCCGCCACUGGGCUCGGAGUUGGCCUAUGAAACAGCAAUUAGACGCUUCACGAACAGCUGCGCUGGCUACUGCGUGGCAACCUUCGUUCUAGGCAUUCGCGAUCGACACAAUGACAACAUUAUGGUCGAUGACUCGGGCCGACUUUUCCACAUUGACUUCGGACACAUUCUGAACAACAAGAAGAAAAAAUUCGGCAUCACACGCGAACGCGUGCCGUUCGUGCUGACAAGCGAUUUUGCCUGUGUGAUUGCAAGAGGCGAAGAAAAGCCCUACCGCAGCAAAGGCUUCAUUGAAUUUACGAAGCUUUGCGAAGACGCUUACCGAGUUCUCCGCCGUCACUCCAGCCUCCUCCUCACCCUACUUGCCAUGAUGCUGCCUUCCGGGUUGCCAGAACUAACAUGUGUUGGAGAUCUCGAGUACGUCCGGAAAACCCUCGCCGUAGAACUCCACGACGAGGAGGCCCUGAACUACUUUAAUGCCAAGUUUAACGAGGCUUACAACGGAGCGUGGACCACAAAGAUUGAUUGGUUCGCUCAUUGGGUUCGCCGGUGA